UGACAACCUCCUCCCAACCCCGGCUUCGCGACGGAAACUUCGGGUUCCUCUUUCGCCUCGGCAUCCAUUCUCGCCAUGGACUCGGCAAAAUGGCGAAUUUCCAAGGCCUGCCAGGAGUGUCGAGCCAAGAAGAUCAAGUGCAAUGGCGAGGAACCUUGCCAGCGGUGCAAGAUCCGGGGAUUCGAGUGUGUCUACCGGCAAAAGGCCCGGAACCGGAUGCGCAAACAUCAGCUGGCGACCGUAGCAGGAAGCACAUCGCCGCCGAGCGAUGAAGGGAAAGCUAGUCUUCCAGCGCCGACGGUGACCAGCAAGAGGACUCAGGGUAGAGACAGCCAACCGUGCGGCGGAGGGAGCCCGAGCAUUCACAUUCACAGCGUCGCCGCCACUCACCGGGCAUCACCGUCGUGCUUUCUUCAGCUGUACUACGGGCCGUCCUCCAAUUUCUCAAUGCUGCAGUCAAUAUACCACCAAAUUGAAGGCACACGACCGGCAUCUGAGUCUAGGGAGGAAGUCGAAGAGGCCGGUCCCGGGCUGGACCUCUUCAGCAACCGAAGGCUGUUCUUCGGCGACCUAGCUGACAGCAAACGAUCAGCGGCGUCAGCGUCCAACGACUCGUUAGCCAUGUUCCUAGACUCGGCCCUAUCUUACCGCCUCAUGGAGAGAUAUCUCUCAACAUAUUGGCAUAUUCUCCCCAUUUUCCCCAAGGAGGAGUACCGCCGGCGACUCGACGAGCUCACCGCCUCGCGCGGUGUCUUCUCCUUUGAGCGCUCCGAGGACAUUGUACUCAUGCUCGCUAUGGCUCUCGGGGCGUGCAUGUUGGAUGAGGGGCGAGUUGCCGAUUUUUUGUACCACAAGGCGAAACAGGGCGCGGCCACGCUCGACGACCAGGUCAAUGUCCAAUCGAUUCAUGUACCACUACUAAUGGCCCAUUUCCAGGCUGAAAGGGCUAGGCCCAACGCGGCGUUUAUAUCCGCCGGCACUGCAGUCCGGAGAGCCGUCGCGGCCGGGCUGCACAAAGACGUCAGUAUUCGGGGCGGUCAAACCCCGGACGACGUUUAUCAGAGACGGAUCGCGUUCUGGAGCCUGUAUUUCUGGGAGACGUGGAUAUGCUUCAGCCUCGGCCGCCCAACUUCCAUCCCCGAGCCAGACGCCAACAUGCCGGAGCCUACCAACGAGGUCUUCCUCCUUUCGUUGGUCAAGCUUGCACGCCUCAUGUCCAAGUGCGCAACGCGCAUUUACAACCAAAACCACAAAUCCCUGCUACCGCUCUGGAAUGCCGGGAACGAGAUUCGCCGGGAGCUGCUUCAGUUUGCCGAGCAGCAGCGCAAGGACAUGCACUUUGGUCUUGUCGGGGACCCCAGUACCGGAGAGCUUGGCGUCUGCCAGACCAUAAUCUCUACCAUGUACCACCACACCCUACUCUUGACGUUCCGGCCAUUCCUGGUGCUGCGAGCCAAGCUGAGACACGAAACGGCAUCGGCGCGCCGCGACGGCGCCAGCCAUCCUACCCCUCCACCAUGGCUGGACACGGCGUGCGAAUACUGCCUCGACGCCGCCCGGCACUCGAUCGGCUUCCUAGCGGGGGCAUGCGAGCAGAACGUAUACUGCAAGGAAAUCAGGUAUCAUGGCUUCUUUCUCGAAGGCGCAUGCUACGCCCUGGCCUUCGAUAUGCUCGAUAGUAGGGCAUCCUGCGAGGUGAACUUCCCGUGGAUCAAGACGGGCCUCGGGUGUCUCAAGAACCUUCUGCGGAAGGACAAGGUCUUCCCCGACCAGACACCCGUCGUCAUGGCGGCUAUCGAGCGCAUGCUCCGCUCGGCAAUGCCGGACUUCCAGCUUCAAUCCCCAUUGCAGGAGCCGCUGCCGCUGCCACUGCCGAGCAGCCGAACUGUGCUAAUACCACCAACUCCUGCACCCACCAAUACUACAACUGCUGCUGCUGCUGCUAGCCCUGCUACUGAGAGCCCCAUGAUGAUGAGCGAGGCGGUGGGUCGCCUGGGCCCGACGUAUCUUUACCCGACCAUGCCGUUCGGGUUCGACGCUAACGGGCCGCCGCCAGUCGCGGCAACAAGCCCCAUUCCAUCGGGAGAUCAGGUUUUUGACUUGACGAUGGAGGACAUGGGCUGGAACUAUGACUUUGCGACUAUGGAUAUGGAAGCCUUCUUGUCCAUAGACGCGAAUCAGGACUUGAACUUGGGUACCUAGUUGAAUCUUGCCUUGUUCUUUUUAAUAUAUAUAUAUACAUAUAUAUUAUUUAUUUUACUUUUACCACAGGCGUUUAGGGCUGCUAUUGCUACAGGGCUUCAGCCCUGCUACAAAACAGGGAUUGGAAAGGAAGGGAGGAAGUGGAGAGAAGAGGGCGGAUAUAGAGUACAAAUGUCUGAUCCGAAUUGAACCUCGUCAGCAAUUGUCAUAUUUUCCUAAUCCGUAGAAGACGAUUACUAAGGGGGGCCCUGUCGGUCAUUGGCCGAGGAUGGGUCGGAUUUAAGGUCUCCGGAUAUACGGACACCGGGAUAUACGGAUAUACGGAUACUCGGAAUGUUUGAUCUCAUCUGUCAAGACUUUUCGCUAUAUCAGCGUGGUGGUUCUGAUACAAAGAAAAGGCGAG